UUUAUAUAAUACAUAUACAUAUUCUUUUUUGACUUAAACCAACAAGAAAUGGGAAACUCACAGUCUAACUUGCCACGCGGCAAUGAUAAAAAUAAAGAAAAGGAAAAGGAUAAGAAGAAGAAGUGGGAACCUCCAGUUCCCACCCGCGUUGGUAAAAAGAAGAAGAGAGGACCUGACACAAUCGCAAAGCUUCCUCCAGUCUUUCCCACAACACGCUGUCGGCUGAAGAUGCUAAAGAUGGAACGCAUAAAGGAUUAUUUGUUACUUGAGGAAGAAUUUGUACAAAACCAGGAGAGACUCAAACCUCAGGACGAGCGGGAUCAGGAAGAGCGAACACGUGUAGAGGAUCUUCGUGGAUCACCUAUGGGUGUAGGAAAUCUGGAAGAGAUUAUUGAUGAUGACCACGUUAUUGUUUCUUCAUCGACUGGACCCGAAUAUUAUGUAUCUGUUAUGAGUUUUGUGGAUAAAGACUUGUUGGAACCCGGGUGUAGUGUGUUGUUGCACCAUAAGACCAUGUCCGUGGUUGGUGUACUUGGUGAAGAUGCUGAUCCUAUGGUUAGCGUAAUGAAGCUUGAGAAAGCGCCAACAGAAUCUUACGCAGACAUCGGUGGUCUUGAACAACAAAUCCAAGAAAUCAAAGAAGCCGUAGAAUUACCAUUGACACAUCCUGAGCUUUACGAAGAAAUGGGUAUCAAACCACCAAAGGGUGUUAUUUUGUAUGGUGUUCCUGGUACCGGAAAAACACUUCUCGCAAAGGCUGUGGCUAACCAGACCAGUGCUACCUUUUUGCGCAUUGUUGGUUCUGAGUUAAUUCAGAAGUAUUUGGGUGACGGUCCCAAGCUUGUUCGUGAGCUGUUCCGUGUUGCAGAAGAAAAUGCUCCAUCAAUUGUCUUUAUUGAUGAAAUUGAUGCCAUUGGUACCAAACGUUAUGAUUCUACUUCGGGCGGAGAGAGAGAAAUUCAGCGUACUAUGUUGGAACUCUUGAACCAGCUUGAUGGUUUUGAUUCUAGAGGAGAUGUCAAGGUUAUUAUGGCAACAAACAAAAUUGAUAGUCUGGAUCCAGCCUUGAUUCGUCCAGGUCGUAUCGAUCGUAAGAUAGAAUUCCCUCUACCAGACGUUAAAACCAAACGACGUAUCUUCAACAUUCACACGUCAAGAAUGACCUUAUCGGACGAUGUUGACCUUGAAGAGUUUGUUAUGUCUAAAGAUGAUUUAUCUGGUGCAGAUAUCAAGGCUAUUUGCACAGAAGCUGGUUUACUUGCGUUACGUGAGCGUCGUAUGAAAGUUGUUGCAGAAGAUCUGCGCAAAGCACGAGAAAAGGUGCUGUACAGAAAGAGCGAAGGAACUCCUGAAGGCUUGUAUCUUUAAAUGCUACAUAAACAUCAAUAUAAAUCCUACGCAACUCCACUUGUUCAAUAGCUGUGCGAACCAUCAAACAAAACAAAACGAAACAAAAAAAAACGAAAAAAAAAACAAUCAAAGCAAGCACAAUAAU